AUGUCCAGAUCAACCAUCCUUGCACCAUACCGGCCACUGGAACUCGUCUCAAGUGGCGGGUUUGUUUCGGUCAUGCACCUCCAAAACCGCAUCUCAACCCACGAUCUCGACUUUUUCCCCAACGAACGAACUUAUGGAAGACACCAUCGAGCCGUCAGAGAAGAAUUGCUGCGUUUGAUUGCCAAAGUCGCCAGAAACCUGAGGUACAGAUCCGAUUGGGCCAACGACGAGGUCAAGUUUUUCUUGACGCUCCUGAAUGAUCCUGAAGCCCUCUUCAACGAAUCAAAGCGGCAGAUGCGUGCCGUCUACCAAAACGAGUAUCUAGCAAUCUAUGCCGUCAAGUGGGAGUGGGUACUCGCUCGCAAAUUGAAGCGACUGCAGAGACCCGGCCGCUACCAGAAGCCUCAAGAUUGGUUGGACUGCGUGUCCAUCACAACACUCCUCCUCGAUAGGGAUCGUGUUCAGUUAAGUCCUAGUCUGUUGAGACGUUACGACCAUACUAACGUCGAGACGCCUGUCCGGCCCAAGAUAGUGGUCGAGUUGAGCAGUCGUGUGCGCCAACGCACCAAUAGAGAUCCAUUCCCUGGUUCGGUCUGGGUGUACACGCGCCGUGGAUUCCACUACCAGUGGACUACUGGAGAAUCGAUACCGCACAACUUGUGGCCUCCAAGGAGAGGGCGAGUCAGCGUUUACAUCGCUCAUCAACGACAAUGGAGGAUCUUUGACUUCAGACGGCAGAUUUGGUUGUGA